AUGAGUGCUAUGCGUGAAACCCUUAUUCAAGCAAUGAAGAAUUCUAUUUCGUUGCCGCCUGAUAUGCAACUAAACUUAAGUGAAGGAAAGGUCAUGUCUAUUAAAGAAGUUCUUUUUUGGAUACUUUUGGAUGAAGUAUUUGUUGAAAUAUAUUUUAAAUUGAAUCCUGAAAAUAAUAAUAGAAAGGCUGAGCUUGUUAGAUGGCUGCGAUCUAAAUUUCCAGAAAGACCAACGAAGAAUUGCAGAGACAUCUGGUAUGACGUGUUAAACUGGUCAUCAUAUGGAGGUCAACGAACACUCAAGGCAGCAGUGAACAAAGAGUCGCACAAGGUUAAGAUGACUGAAGAUGAAUAUAAUUUAUGGAAAGAUAUGGACGAAGAACUUAAAGAUGUAAUCAUCCAAAUUAUUCCCGAAAAGGCUGAGGUUGUCGCAAGGCUGAGAUCUGAAGCUCGUGAGGGAAAGGUUAAGGCUGCUUCACCUGCAUCUCAAGAGCAUACAAAUCUUAAGACCGGAGGGGGCUCCUCAACUGCACAAAAUGAAGCACUACUUAAUCAUCGGUUUCUUGUUGGUGGUGAUCACCAGGUCCAUAACCUGCAAGAUAACGGGUAUAUGAGCCAAACUGUUAAUUAUGCACCAGGAUCAUCUGAUAUGGAAUCUGGAACGUUGUCAACUCAAGCAGACAAUGAGUCUGCAGAGCACACAAAUCCUCAGACCGGUGGGGGCUCAUCGACUGCACAAAAUGAAGCAUCGCCUAAUCAUCAGGGUCUCCCUGCCGUGAAAGUUAACGGGUCUAUUAACCAAACUUUUAAUUAUACAUCAGAGUCAUCUGAUAUCGAAUCUGGAACGUUCUCCACUCAGGCAGAUAAUGAGCCUGCGCCGGAUAGAUGUGGACAUGAGACUCUCUUCAUGGUGCUGGGUGAAAUCAUUUCAAUUGCUUUAGCAGUAACAUCGGUCAAGAAGAGUGAAGGUGAAAUGCCAAUCGAAGCUAAAAUAUUUUUGUAUAUUCUCAUAGUUUGCAUUCUUGUCGGCAUUAUCUCUUUGUCCUAUGGUUUAUGUCUUUCUGGCGGUGGCGGUAGAGGACGACGCAGCAUAGUGGUAAGGGUUGUAAAUGCAGUUAGCUAUGUUGCGAUAGGGUUGGCUGUUGUGACGGCGGCUGGGCUCCAAUUGCCCAACCAGGUGAUGGUCUGGGUAAUUCCCUUUGUUUGGUGUAUAAUCGCUCCAGCGAUUGUUUGCUACGCAAUGAAACAGUGA